CUUCCCAACUCCUUCCACAUACCUCUGUCCGUCCCUUGUCUCUCCUUUCUAGGUCUUAAAGAGCUGUGAAGCGCUCGAACCAACACCAGGGACGUCGAAUAUAAACAAUAUUGAGCACUCGCCAUGAGUAUGUUGGAACAGCAACUCAAGGCUCCGCCUGAGCUGAAAAAGGUGGCCGAGUUUCUGCGCGGAUCAGGGUCUGGAAUAAAGAUUCGCGUAGGCGCUCUGGGUGGAAAGCGGAUAGAUUACUUCAAGGGCAAGUCCGCUAUCAAAGCCCUCCUCUCCCCCGCAUUCGCCAAACAGAAAAACGUCCCAAAAAUCACAACUGAAGACGAAGCCAAGACCGUUCUGCAGGCAAUCAACGCAUUCGCCUUCUUCCUCCGUGUCCAGCGCGGCGGUCACAUUUCCUCGAAAUCUGCGUCUCCAGCUGCUGCCGGCGGUGGAACCAAGCCUCCACGGAGUCUCCAAAUCAUCCCUGAACAAACCUUCCAACCAGACGAAUACUACGCGUGGUUCUACGAAGGCUCUCAAUGGACUACGUAUGCUGGAGGAGUGCUCAUGGUGUUGAUCAUGCUGGCGGGUGUCAUGUUCCCGCUUUGGCCUCCGGUGAUGCGAUUGGGCGUGUGGUACCUGAGUAUGGGCAUGUUGGGUCUCAUUGGCCUAUUCUUCGCUAUUGCCAUUGUGCGGUUGAUAUUCUAUAUCAUCACCGUGAUAGUGGCCAGUCCUGGUAUCUGGAUCUUCCCUCAACUGUUCGCUGAUGUUGGAUUUGUUGACUCAUUCAUCCCUCUAUGGGAAUGGGACAUUCCUAAGAAGAAGGGCAAGAAGAAGAAGGGUGAUAAGGAGGGCAAGUCGGAGAAAAAGGGCAAGUCCAAGGCGGCUGCUCCCGCUCCUACAGGCUCUAGCAACGGUGGUGGCGCCUACAUCGAGGAAGUCGUGGAAGAUGACGCUCAAGCACCCCAGUCCCAGCCUCAGCGGCGAACCAGGUCCGCCAUGGUUGAGGAGGUGGAGGACGAGGAUGCAUAGAUGUCG